AUGGCCGCCGUCCUGGCCGCCCUUGCACAAACGAAUGCCCUUAUCCAGCAGCAGAACGACAGGAUCGGGGCACUCGAGAAAAAGCGUCGCUCAAAGACUCCCCCGGACCACAAAUCUCGCCCCCAUCGCGAGGCGAUCCCCAAGAAACGCCCUCGUUCCCCCUCUCCGAGGGAACACGUAGGUCCCGCUUCCAAGAAGGGGUACGACGACCGCCGCUCUCGGCGCUACUCUCAGUCUCCUCGACCGAAAAGAAGAUCCAGGUCAUCCCCGAAAUACGAGGACAACCGCAGGCGACACAGGCGAAGUCGCAGCCGAUUCGCCACGCUUUCCGCCAGUGACGAAGAAGAAGAUCGUCGGGGCCCUCUGUCCCACGUAAUCUUGGAGGCGCCCUUGCCGAUCGGUCUCGAGAAGCCCCCACCACUUGGCACGUACGACGGGACGACAGACCCAGGCGAGCACAUCGAGAACAUCGACGCCCUCUUAGAUUACUGA